AUGAUCGAGUGGGGUUUAGAAAAUGGUAUAGAGUGGAAUAAGAGUUUAGAGUGUUUCGAUUUUAAAGAUACUGGGCGUGGAGUAAUAGCAAAUAAUGAUAUCAAAGAGAAUGAAAUAUUAAUAUCAAUACCUUCAAAAUAUUUAAUACAUUCCCAUUCAAAAUUUUCAAUACCGUCCCUAAAUAUACCAGAAUUAAAUAACAGUGAUAGUAGCAAUAGUAGUAGUAGUAGUGAUGAUAUUUAUACUCCAUUUCACAAUUGUUUAAAAAAAUUAAAUUCAAAACAAAGAAUAUCUUUAAUUUUAAUAAUUGAAAAACUAAUAAAAAAACAUUCUAUAUGGUUCAACUAUUUAAAUGAAUUACCAGAUGACUAUACAAUAACAUCAACAUAUUCAGACGAGGAGAUUGAAUCACUAUCAUAUCCAAUUUAUGUAGAAUCAUCAAAAAAAUUAAAGAAUGAAAUGUUAAACAGUUUUAAAUUAUUUUGUGAAAUAUUUCAACUUUAUUAUGGCACAGAUUUAGAUAGGGUGGUUAUAGAACUAAAUGACCUUCAAGUCAAAUUGAGUGAUAUAUUGAAUAAAGAACUGUAUAUAUGGUGUUGGGGUACAAUACAAACUAGAACUUAUUUUUACGAUAAAAAUAUGAAAAAAAAUAAUAGUAAAGAAAAUAAUGAGGAAAAAGAUGAUUGCACAUUGGUACCAUUAGCAGAUCUAUUUAACCACACAUCAAAUGUAGAAACUGAGGCUUUGUUUAACGAUGAACUAAAUUGCUAUCAGGUCAAAACAAAGACCCCAUUUUCGAAAGGGUCGCAAGUAUUCAUAAGUUAUGGUAAACAUUCAAAUUUCACUCUAAUGAAUUACUAUGGUUUUAUUAUUGAAAAUAACGAUCAAGAUUCAAUACCACUAUUACAAUCAAAUUGCAUACCCACAGAAUUUGCAGUACCACCCACAAGCUCAGACGAAGCAAAACUCUAUGAAAAGAAAAUAGGUAUUUUAAAUAACUAUGGACUUUCAAUUUAUAGUGAUGGUAAAUUUCUAGUUAUGCAGGAUGAAAAACUUCCAUUCUCAUGGAAUUAUUUAACUGUUUUAAAAGUUUUAUAUAUGACCAAAGAAGAAAUCAACAAUCAAUUAGAAUUAAACCUGUUCCAUUAUGACGAGCCUAUAAGUAAAAACAAUGAAAAUCUGGUUCUAUCAUUUUUAGAAAAUCUAACAGAAAAUCAAUUAUCCUUUUUUAAAAAUACCAAAACCAAAUUAAAUUCAAAUAAUAUAUCAAGAUUUGAAAUAACCUAUUUAAUAAAUUCAAAUAUUAAAACCUGGGAAUGCUGCAAAUUGUGGUUAGAACAACAACAAAAAAAUAUUAACCAAAAUGCAAAAGAAAAGUCUACAAAUUUGGUUAAAACCACAACACCAAAAAAAUCAACGAAAAAAUCAUCAAAAAAAUAA